UAGAUAGAACCACAUCAGCUGCAGCAAAGUCUGUCAGCUGGUUCUCCAGGCUCUUGGACUGUAGAACAAGUGACCGUUGUAGUUGAGGUUCGUAGAGGCGAUUCUGCCCUUUCCGCGAUUCGCGAAGAGAACCGAGACGUGCACGUUAUAUGAGUCGAGCUUCGCUAGCAACGACCGUAUCUAUCGCCAUUCGCAAAUCGUUGGCGAAAUAUCUCGGACGACGCAUGUCCUGAUUAUGUAAAGAGUUCAGGACAAGUCGCGUGCUCUCGUGGCAGCCUUGUAGAGCAGCAACGAUGACGAGGAAUACACGUCUUAGAAGCGUCAGGGUCUGAGUGGCUAACUCGGCUUAGCUCGUAAAGCUUACCAGGCGCACGGUUGGAUCUGUGGGUUAUUAGUCUGGUUUGUGGAGGACCAGCUACAAUGUCUUUCUUCUCGCGGCUUAUAAAGGGGUCGCGUGUAUCGGAGGAUCUGGACCAGGAGUACCCCGUUAGGAAGGAUGUUGAUGUCAGCCAAGUCAGCAAGUUCCGUCCGCGGGUGAAGAAGCGGCUGUCAAAGGAGAGGUGGGAGGCGUGUCUGGACGAGUUCGGCCGGGUGUGGGCCAUAGAUGCGGCGCUCAAGCACAUACAGCGAGGGGGCAUAGAGCCGAGCAUUCGAUCGGAGGUGUGGCCGUUUCUCCUGGGGCUCUUCUCGCCCAACAGCACGUACGACGAGAGGGACGCCAUGCGGGAAGCCCGCAGGAACUUCUACGCGCACCUGAAGCACGAGUGCAACGAGAUUGACCCGGUGGUGGGCAGUGGGGUCGUGGUGGACUUCCCUCGCGUGCUGGAGGACGGCUCCAACGUGCCCGUGCCCUCCUACUACCAAGGCCCUGAUAUUGACACCCUCUCCACUCCUGCUGCUGCUGCUGCUGGUGCUGUUGCUGAUGGUACCGGUGCUGGUGGUGCUGGUGGUGGUGGUGGUGGUGAUCGUGAGGCGAAUGGUGGAGGGAGGGAAGGAGGGGGGGGGAGGGAGGGAGGGGAGGGGCAGAGCCCGGUGCUGACGGCGCGGCAGAAGCUGGUGCGGAGGGUGGGGGAGGAGCGCAUCCGCAAGUGGCGGCUGGGGCUGCACCAGAUAGGCGUGGACGUGCAGAGGGCGGACCGCACGCUGGUGUUCUACGAGGAGGAGGGCAACAGGUCGAGACUCAUGGAGGUGCUGGCGGUUUAUUCAUGGUUCGACCCGGAAGUGGGGUACUGCCAAGGCAUGAGUGACCUCAUGUCGCCUUUCAUCGUCACCUUCCCCAACAACGCCGAUGCCUUCUGGUGCUUUGAGCGCCUCAUGCGCCCCAUUCGGAGCGACUUCAUGGGCACAUCGGCCAGCAUCGGCGUGCAGAAGGAGAUUGACAACCUCAAGAAUAUCACUAGAGUGCUCGACCCGGAGCUCUACGCUCACCUAGACGAGAUCGGCGCGGGCUCCAUGUUCUUCACGGUGCGGCCCAUCAUGGCCAUGUUCCGGCGGGAGCUGUCCUUUGCCGACUCCAUCUACUUCUGGGAGAUGAUGUGGUCAUGGGAUUAUGAUGCCAGGGACGCUGACUUAUUGGCCAUGGCGGACCAGUCCGUGCUGCACCACACCAUGCACCUCUCGCACUCCGUCCUCUCCCCCCACGCCCUCGACCAAGCCUCUUUUGCCGCCGCCACCACCGCCGCUGCCGAAGCUGCCGCUGCUGUCACCUCCUCCGAGGGCUCUGGGGUCGUUGGCAUGCCGUCCGAUGCUGCCAAGGCUGCUGCCAGCGCUGCUGCCGCUGCUGUGGUGACUAGGGCUGGGGGCGGGGAGGAGGAGGAGCAGGAUGGGGGGAAAGGGAAGGGAGGAGGAGGAGGAAAGAGUGGGGGAGGAGAGGGAGUGGGGGAAGGCAAGCCGCCCAUCUCUCCAACAGGGAGUGGGAAAAAGUCUCCCAAGGGGAAGGGCGGAGGGGAUGGUACAGAUACGCAUAUGGAGGAUGCUCAUACGGAGGAUGUGGGGGGGAAGAGUCCUUUGAGACAAGGCACAAGAUCGUCCACUGCGUCCGCUUGGGCGUCUGUAGAAGCAGCAGUGACAUCAGGCGCUCUCACCGACGGCAGAAAGAACACAUCUGCUGCUGCUGGUGCCCUUUCCCGUGCCACCACGCCCUCACUCCCCACCCGAAACAGCCACAGCGCACGCAACCCCACCACCACCGCCAUCAACCCCAGUAACACCACAAAAAGCCACGCCAUCGAGGGCGCUCGCUCCCGCAGCUGGGCGGGCGUAGGCCCGUACAGAAAGGACGUGAUCAGAUACGUCACUCUAGACGCCUCUGCAGGUAAGCUUGCUGCCAGCAAAAGCGCCAAGUACCUCUCCUCAAGGCGGUCGGCCGUGGCUUUGUGGCACAAAGCACAGAAGCUCGCUGGGCCCGUGGGGACGGUAGCUGCUACUGCUGUUAUGCCUGCUGACCCUGUGGCGUUUGCCGUCUCGGCCUUAGCCGGCCGGCCAAUCACACCGUCUUAUGCUGCUGCUGGUGCUGGUGGCGGUGGUGCUGCUGGUGCCGCUGGUGCUGCUGGUGGUCCCUCCUCUGGUACAUCCCGGCCGCAGCAGCUGCAGGUGCCUCCUAGGCCAGGGUUUGCAGGGGACGGGAGAACCCACAGGAGCCCCCUGGGAAAGAGCCUGGGCGGGCUGCUGGCAGGUAGAUCUGGGGCAGGUGAUUCUGGCGGUCAGGGGGAGGGUAGAGAGGGGGGUGGUGGGGCAGGUGGGGCGGGCGGGGCAGAGGGAGUGAAGAAGAUGCACAGGCGGACGGGGUCGUUCGGGUUGGGAAGGAAAGGCAGCAAGAAACACACGGCGCUUCCAGCCGCUGCUGCCGCAGCCGCUGCAUCCGCUGCAUCCGCACCACCGUGCCAAAGCACUGCAGCAGAGCCGCAGCAGCAGCAGCAGCAGCAGCACGUGACGGAUACCAUAAUGACUGACCAGCCUGGGGCUGCUAGCAGGGAGGGCGGCAGCGCAGCAGCAGCAGCACAUGAGGCAGCAGAAGCAGCGGCGGCAGCAGCAGCAGCGGCAGCAGAGGAGGCGGGGGCCAUAGUUCCCCCGCAGCCGUCGGCGUUCUAUUUGCUCCCGGAGUCAGCGGGCGUGGCGGUGCCGUAUGUGAAGAGGGAGGAGCAGGAGCGCAUGACGACCUUCUGCGUGCUGGCGAUCGUGCUUAAACUGAGGGAUGACUUUAUCGAUGGGGCCCAAGGACUGGAUGAUGUGGUGGAUUUCUUCAAUGCAGCAGCAGGGUCGUGGGAUGUGAAGAAGCUCUGCAAACGAGCCGUGGACCUCCACAGGCAAUACCUUGUGCUGAAAUUGGCAGCGCAUGAGUGGGGCCGGGUCCUCUGACUGCAUGUGCGCUUCGACUCAGAUGCUCUUUAUCGAGGCCAACAGGCCCUUCAACUCAAUUAUGGAGGCCAACAGCCUGUUACAAUUCGAUUAUGGAGGCCAUUCAACUCGUCUGCGUCACUAGCUCAACAAGGGUGCACUGUAGCGCUGUGAAUCUACUUUUUGAGAUGCCUAAAAAGAAGGCCGGAGCAGGAAACCAGAGUAUCUGUAUGGCUCAGCGUUGAAACCUGGUUGCGUAGAGUAGACUCAUGUAUGCUUAGAAAGAACAAUUACCUGGUCUUGCAGGCAUUUGAAGGCCCGGUCUUAGGCUAGGCCUGGUCGGCGAGGCUCCAGCCGAAGGGCAAGCCAAAGGUGUUGAAAUUCACACGGUUUUGUCUGGAUGGGUUGUGUGUGAGUAAGGCCCUUGGUUGAACAGAAUUAUUCUGUGGUUGUCCUAUAUUGGGUUGGUUCGCCGUGCCCCGCAG